AUGCCGGGAUCCUACGGGGAGGAAGAACUGCUCCUGAGAGAUGGUGGAACAAUGGUUCCACCGCUUGUUCUUCGCCCACUUAUACGAUCAGAUGUGCCUGCAAUUGAGGCGCUUUGUGCCGCUUCGUUCCCGAUUCAGUAUCCGGCAUGCUGGUUUGAAGAAGUGGUCGGUGGAGAAUUGAUUAGCGUUGGAUUAUUCGACGAUAAACAAUUGGUAGCGAUGAUGGUUUCAGAAAUGAAGACGAUUUUACAUUGUAACCCAGAGGAUCGUGAUAUCGUGGCAGAUAGUGGGGCUCAUGUGGUUUAUAUGUUGAGUUUGGCUGUAGCUCAUCCUUAUCGGAGGUUAGGUCUUGCAUCAAGACUCCUCAGACAUUUAUUGGAUUCGGUUGUGGACAAUUCCCCGUACCCGAAGGCUGUAUUUUUACAUGUUUUGUCGACUAAUUUACCCGCAAUAAAAUUCUACAAAUCACAUGGAUUCGUUCAUCACACUACCUUGUUGUGA